CCGGGCUGAUUGGUCGUUGGCAGCUCAGACAUUGGUGGCCACGCGACAGCCGCCGCACGCGGUCGGCUCUGCGCAUCGGAGUUGAACUUUCCACGCGCGGCUCCGGUCACCACUGCCCCUGGGCACUGCGCGCCUCGCAGCGGUAGCAGCGACUGACGAGUCGAGGCCGAGCCGAGCUGCGCGUGCUGCGCGUGCGUGCGAGCGAGCGAGUCCCAUGGCCGCGCUGUUGCUGUGCCUGACUCUGCUGGCCGUGGGGGGGCCGCGGACCCCACGGGUCGAGGCCCACUCCACGGGGGCCGCCGCCGCGGGGGUCGUCGCCGCGGCUCCCGCGCGCACGGGGCUCAUGUUCGCGUCGCAGCAGAACCCACCGGACCCGUGCUACGACGAGCACCGCAACCCGCGCCGCUGCAUCCCCGACUUCGUGAACGCGGCGUUCGGCAGGGAGGUGCUCGCCUCCAGCACCUGCGGGAAGUCGGCGUCGCGCUACUGCCUGCCCGCUCCAGCCAACGCCGCGCAGGGUCCCGAGCCCGUGGCGUCGGGCUUCCAGGGUUCCUCCCAGCAGCAGGGCUCGCCUGGAGGAGCGGCGGCGGUGGCCGUCACGGGGCCGUGCUUCGUUUGCGACGCCGGCGACCCCCGGCGCUCCCACGCGCCCGCCUUCCUCACCGACCUCAACAACCCGCACAACCUGACGUGCUGGCAGUCGGCGAGCGGCGUGCAGCACCCGCGCAACGUCUCGCUCACGCUGUCCCUCGGCAAGAAGUUCGAGGUCACCUACGUGAGCCUCCAGUUCUGCUCGCCGCGGCCCGAGUCUAUGGCCAUCUUCAAGUCGUCCGACUAUGGCCGCACGUGGACCCCCUUCCAGUUCUACUCGACGCAGUGCCGCCACGUGUACGGCAAGCCGAGCCGCGCCGCCGUCACCAAGCAGAACGAGCAGGAGGCCCUCUGCACUGACGCUCACCUGGCGGCCGGCGGCGGCGGCGGCGAUGGCUCGGGACCGGGAGGUCUGGUGGCUUUCAGCACCCUGGACAGCCGCCCGUCGGCUCACGACUUCGAGAACAGCCCCGUGCUGCAGGACUGGGUGACCGCGACCGACGUGCGAGUUGUGUUCAGCCGCCUGCACUCGGCAGCGGGACCCGCCGCGGACGUGACCGGGCAGGAGUCGAACUCGAGCGGCGCCGACUCGGCGGCGGUCGAGGCCCUCUCGCAGUACUACGCCGUGUCGGACUUUCAGGUGGGAGGGCGCUGCAAGUGCAACGGCCACGCGUCGCGCUGCGUGCGCGACCGCGACGGGGGCCUCGUGUGCGACUGCCGGCACAACACGGCGGGCGCCGAGUGCGAGCGCUGCCGGCCCUUCCACUACGACCGGCCCUGGCAGCGCAGCACGGCCCGCGAGGCCAACGAGUGCGUGGCCUGCAACUGCAACCUGCACGCCCGCAAGUGCCGCUUCAACAUGGAGCUCUUCAAGCUGUCGGGGCGCAAGAGCGGCGGCGUUUGCCUCAACUGCCGGCACAACACCGCCGGGCGGCAUUGCCACUACUGCAAGGAGGGCUACUACCGUGACCUCGGCAAGCCCAUCGCGCACCGCAAGGCCUGCAAGCCGUGUGACUGUCACCCGGUGGGGGCCGCGGGCAAGACGUGCAACCAGACGACGGGGCAGUGCCCCUGCAAGGACGGGGUCACGGGGGUCACCUGCAACCGCUGUGCCAAGGGCUUCCAGCAGAGCCGCUCGCCCGUCGCGCCCUGCAUACGGAUCCCGGUCGUGACCGCCGUCCACACAGAAAAUGGCGUCGGCAACCCAGAGAAGCCCUCAGCUGACUGUGACUCCCACUGCAAACCCUCCAAGGGGAAACUCAAGCUCAACAUACGGAAGUACUGCAAGAAGGACUACGCCCUGCAGCUGCACGUGCUGGACGAGUCCGCGGCGGGCGAGUGGACGCGCUACACGGUCAACAUCAUCUCCGUCUUCAAGCGCGGCGGCGUGAGCGGUGCCGGCACCGGCAUCGGCACCGGCGGCGGCGGCACCGGCGGCGGCGGCAUGGCACCUCGCCGGGCCCAGCUGCGCCAGGCUCUGUGGGCGCGCUCCCGUGACCUCGCCUGCCACUGCCCCCCGCGUUUCCGCGCCGGCAAGAAGUACCUGCUGCUGGGCGGGGGGCACCCCGAGCACGGCGCCCCCUCGGCGGCGGGGGGCGGCCUCGUGGCCGACAAGGACAGCCUGGCCGCGCCGUGGCAGGACGUGUGGGCGCGCCGGCUCAGAAAGCUGCAGCGCCGCGAGAAGAAGGGCAAGUGCCGCAAGGAGUACUAGCGGCAGGGUGGCCCCCCCUCCCCCUCUGCCCCCCCCCUCUGCCCCCCACGUGCCCCCCACCGCCGCUUGUCGACACGUUGAUACAUUACCGCGACGUUACAGCGGUACGUCACACGACCACGGCGUGACGACCCAAAAUGUCACAUUUAUUUGGUCAAGCCACCGCCUGAAUGGAAGGCCUCGCCACGCCGUGUUGUUCAUGGGAAUUGUUUGACCAUACUUCACCACGCUGGUCAGUGUGGGUUGUUGAAGCUGAACGUCCGGGGGGGGGGUGGGUGGGAGAGGGGGUUGAGUGGAGAGGGGGCUAGGGUCGGUUCUGACAUCGUCUUGCCACUGACGUUAGCUGUGGCUGGUAAUCGAGCUCGAAUCUCCGCUGCCCCCUAAACGAGACCCCCCCCCCACCAGCCCCCUCCCGUUCCGUUCGUUUUUUCUUCCGGAAGCGACAACGUUGAACGGCAAACAGCGGUGAGCUUCAAUCAGUUGCUGCGAAUCGCUGCAGGUGAUGCGUAGGUAUCCCUGGGUCACGGGGUCAACGGGGGGUGAGGGGGGGGGGUGAUCCGAUGUCCCGCAGUUCUCGCUCCGCAUCACUCCAGGGACCUCCGAUCAACAUUGUCGUCGUCAUCGCCAUCACCGCAUCGUUCGAGAUCAUUUUGUACAUUGUCUAUUUUUAAGAGAGGCUUAGUUUUCGUUUGGCAUAAAUCCUUUGAAAAGAAGUUGCGCGUUAGGCGUUUCUCGCGUGCGUUUUAAUGGGAGAAGAAGCCGAGGGUUGCUGGG